UAGCUCCUUGAAGUUUGGAGUGCGGUGCGCUCCUCGCCUGUAGGGGGCAGCAGUCAGAGCGCCUGUUGGACCCACGCGCAGCCAGGAACAGAAAACAAACACGAAGCAGAGCAAAGUUCUAUGCAUGUGUUACCAUAGCUCCCGGCACUUCGCGGUCCUACCACAGAGAUGCAGCGUGCAGCAGGAGCGGGCUCCCUUCAGCUUCGUCCUCUGUUUGGCGGAGCUCUGUCAGCGGUCGUCCCCCACAACCUGACGGACGUCAGCGAGCUGAGGGAGAUCCCGGACAACCAGGAGGUGUUCGCCCACCCUCACACCGACCAGAGCCUGAUCGUGGAGCUGCUCGAGUACCAGGGCCAGGUGGCCGACCAGCACGCGGCCAGGUACCACUUCGAGGACAUAGCCGGCAGCAAUGAAGCUCGGGAGCCGGGGGCCUUUGAAGUGGGUGACGUUGUGGCCCUACCUAAAGCGGAGGUGUCCCUGUCGGAGUGCAGCAGCGCCUGGAUGCUGAAGGGGACGCAGUGCGUGUCCAAGUUCAACGAGGAGGCCAGGAACACGGUGAACGUUCACUUGGGCCUCUUCCGCCUGCCGCAGUUCUCCACAGAUGUUCUGAUAACGUUCAACGACCCGCAGAGCAUCAGCCCCGACAGCAGCAGCGCCUCCGCGGCGGAGACGCACGGCCAGCCGUGGACCGUGGAGGACUUCCGGCGCACAUUGCUGUCUCUGACGCUGCACAACCCUGGCCUGUUUGGGUAGAAGGUCCACUUCUGACACCACGAGACAGACUCAAGAGGAUUUAUUGUCCUGUGAUCAUAGCUUUGUUGUAAAAGUACAUGACUUUUCCGUCUAAAUCUGACACGUGGGUGACUUCACAGGUCAGGUUUCUUAUGCAGUCUUGAAAUGAGCAAACCUUAAGAACUCAGUUGUAUUUUAUAAUUCCGUGUAAGGCCGAGAGUUCAUAAUUAAAGAAGUUAAACAAAAGCA